AUUACCCCGGGAAGAAGGAAUUCUGCCCCGAAUCGCCCCAGCGCCACCGCAAGCCUCACCGCCACCCACUGGCUGCCUCGUACCGCUACACUCACUCCCUACCCCAGUUCUCCCGCCAGGCCACAGCCCAUCGCUUCGUGCAGAGCUCCAAGUCGGAGCAGGGGCCGGACGGGGGAGCCUGGCACUUCCCGGGACAGAUGGAACCCUCAGCCAUGACGGAAACCUUCCUCUCCCUCCAGGCCCGCGCUCAGGCCGGGCUAGGCCUGGGCCUGGGCCUGAGCAAGUCUCCCGCCAGCCUGCAGACCGCAUUCGGCCACUGCCUCCAGGGGCAGAGCGAGGAGGGGCUGCGCAAGGAGAAGAGGCCGAAGAAGCCGGGGAAACACAUCUGCCAGUACUGCGGGCGGGCCUGCUCCAAGCCCAGCGUGCUGAAGAAACACAUCCGCUCGCACACAGGAGAGAGGCCCUACCCCUGCCUGCCCUGCGGCUUCUCCUUCAAGACCAAGAGCAACCUGUACAAGCACAGGAAAUCCCAUGCCCACGCCAUCAAGGCCGGGCUGGUCUCGGCGUCGGAGGCCGAGGCUCGGCUGGCGGACGAGUACCACUCGGACGCCGACGAGAGCACCGAGACCGAUGAGGAGGGCCCGGGAGAGCGGGGGCUGGGGCUGGGGGCCGAGACGGACGAGCGCAGGAGGCUUCCCGAAGCCCUUGCAGAUGACACGACCCCGGCCCAUGUGAAGGUGCCCAUCCUGAUCGUGCCGCGGGCCGGAGCCAAGGCUCGGGGGGAGAGCCCACCGCCCACGGAGGUGGACCCUGCCAGGGUCGUGACGGCUGCAGUCGGGCACUGGCGCGACGAGCCCCCUCACACCGUCAAGCAGAGGCUGGCCCUGAGGAUCUCAGAGAAGCGGGGGCCGGACAGUGAGCAGUCCCUCAACCUCCUGAGCCCCCACAGCAAGGGCAGCACGGACUCAGGCUACUUCUCUCGCUCCGAGAGCGCCGAGCAGCAGGUCAGCCCACCCAACACCAACGCCAAGUCCUACGCCGAGAUCAUCUUCGGGAAGUUUGCCCGGAUGUCGCCCAGGACCACGGGGACCGGCCCCAACACUCAGGAGCCCCACCUGAUGGGCUUCAAGGACAAAGGAAUCUUGGGGUCCAUGUCAGACACCAAACCCGACAUUGAGAAACUCAUCGAGAAGCAUAUCAUCCAAUUGAUAACCCACAACGAGGUGAUGGUGGACCCCAGUCAGCUCAACACCGUCAAGCCCAGGAAGUCCUCGCUGUCCAGGGGUGAGGCCGGGGACUGGCCCAGGCAGCAGGUCCUGAUGGGGGGUUACGGUCCGGGCACUGCCCAGGAGAAGGCGUUGCUCUCCGUGCCCCCCGGGGCGGGGAGCUCUGCCGACGGAGCUCCCCUGGUGCGCAGCAACUCCAUGCCACCCUCCACAGUGUGCGAGCUGGCCACGCAGCAGGGACUGAGGGGCAGCCACUCCUUCGACGAGCGCAUGGCGGGCUCCGAUGACGUCUUCCACCCCAACGCGGCCACCCUCUCCCACCCCCGCAUGCUAAAGCGGCAGACGGCCAUCGAGCUCUUCCCGGCUUUGGACGCCCACCCGCUCGGGGAGGAAGGGGAGCCCGGCGAGAGUGUGCUGAGGGUGGGCCGAGUGGGCCUGGGGGGUGAGCUGGCCGAGGAGACCCCUGAGGCAGAGCUCGGAGCAAUGGCCAGGAAGGUGCAGCGUCACAAAGGGAGCCCCUUUGAGUGCGAGGUGUGUGGGGUCAAGUACAGGAAGGGGAACAACUUUGAGACGCACCGGACCUUCUACUGCCCUCAGCUGCAUGGAGCCAGGCCGGGCCUGCACCGGGCGGGGGGCACGGAGGCAACUGCGAUCCCCAGGCCCCAGCCCAGGCUAGGCCAGCCCCCCGAGACCCUGCCCCUGAGGAAGAGGAGGAAAGAGAAGAGCGUGGGGGAUGAUGAAGAUCCACCGGGGGAGUACGUGAGCCUCGCUGGACACGGCGGGGAGGACCCAGACCGGGGGCGGCGCCAUGGAGUAACCAGAGCGGCGGGGGAGGAGCAGCCACUGUGUCGAGGUGCCCUGGACGAGGUCUACGGCCUAGCGGACGGCCAGUCCCACUCGUCCCAGGGCAACAAGCACCAAGAGGCCGUUGGCCGCCACAGGCCGGGCAACGAGAUCUCCGUCAUCCAGCACACCAACUCGCUGAGCCGGCCCAGCUCCUUCGAGCGCUCGGAGUCAGGGGAGGGCCCGGGGUCAGGCCGCUGUGCACCCCCGAGCCCGAGGCACCCACCAGCUGCGGGGAGGCUGAGCCAGGCGAGGCUCAGGCCCAAGCUGAUACGUCAACACAACAUCCUGGUGCCGGAGAUCCGAGUGACCGGACCAGAGAAAGACCCAGAGGCACCCGUGAAGGAGCCCGAGAAGAUGGCGGAGGAGUUUCAGUGGCCCCAGCGCAGCGAGACCCUCUCCCAACUGCCCACUGAGAAAGCUCCCCCAAGAAGAAGAGGCUAACGGCUGGCGGACAUGGAGCAUUCGUCCGGGGAAUCCCCUUCGAGUCGGUCUCCCCUGUCCCGCAGCGCCAGCCAGGAGAGCACCCUGUCCCACACCUCCAGCCUGUCAGCCUCGCUGGAUCGGGAUGAAGCCCCCAGGUACUCCGGGGGCCGCCCGAGUUCCUCACCGUCCCUACGGGGCCUCUGGUCUCCUGGGGCCCAGGGCCACCAGCAGAAGGAGAUGAGACGCUCCUCCUCUGAGCAGGCUCCCUGUCAGCCCUCGGAGAUGGCGGAGAACAGGAGCAAGUCUUUUGACUACGGGAACCUGUCAGGGGCCUCAGGGCUGGCUGCGGGUGUCCCCGGGGUCUCGCUGGCUCGGGAGAGGAGGAAGUGUUUCUGCCGAUCCCCAGGCCGGAGCCGGCUGAGCCCCGUGUCUACCGCCCGCCCUCACCUGCCUGCGUCCUCCCCGUCCUCGACCGGCACCACCAGCCCCCCUGGCAUCCCCCGCCCCCGCCAGCCGACACACAGCUAUCGUGGCAGUACUUCCGCCCGCCAGGCCCGAGCUCCCCGCACCAUCACCACCCCCCAGAGCAGCCCACCCAUCCUCGAUCCCUCCCGUCACUGCCCCACGACCACACCGAGCAGCCCAUCAUUGACCCCUGGGGGCCCCACCCUGACCCCCGGGGCAGACAGGAGACCCCACGGUCAGUGGGAGCGGGAGUGUCCGCGUCACCUGCCCCUUUCCCCUCAACACUCGCCCAAGAACAGGCCCGUCCUCUCCCCCGACCCCCCUCCCCGGAUGGUGUGCCAGCCCCCAGGGCUACUGGUGCCGGUCAGGAUCCAGGCCAACGUGCCCUCGUAUGGGAGCGUCAUGUACACCAGCGUCUCCUCACACGUCCUGGGCCCGGCCGCCUCCAGCUCUAACGCUAUCCUCAUGUGCAAGGUGGAGGAGGAGGGGCAGCGAAGAGCCAGAGGCAUCAGCCUGGAGCUGGCACGUGCCUUGGCCGAGCGGCAGAGAGGACUGGGCCAGUGCCCUCUUUGGAAGUUUUCGUCAGGCCUGGGUGGCAGUUUUGAGAGCGGGGGUGUGGGCAUGGGUGGGUCGGACGGUCCUGGAGCCAUGGGUGGCAGUAAGCGGGUGCUCUCGCCCGCCAGCAGCCUGGAGCUCACCGAGACCAACCAACAGAAGCGCGUCAAGGAGGAGAAGAUCUGCGGGCAGAUGCUAGAGAAACUGAGUCUCCGUGAGACCAGCCCGGCCCCCAAGCCCAACAAACCCCAGCUGCGGAGGCAGCACUGCACCACGGAGCUCAGGGAAGGCCUCUCGUCCCCUUCCUCGCCCUCGCCCUCCACCUCCUCCUCUUCCUCCUCCUCCCCACCCUACUCCAGGAUUUCAAGCCCAUGCCUGGACACGGAGAGCCCACAGCAGGGAGAGGCCUGCUCGGAAGCCAACCACACUCCCAAGUUCCCCAUCAGCAUGCUGCUCCAGGUGCCGGCCAGCCAGAGCGGGGCUGCGGGCGGGGGAACCAUUCUCCUCACGGACGUGUCUGACCUCCAGGCCUUCCUUCAGUUCCCCAGCCUGCGCACAUCCACCGGGGUGAGCUGGUGCUUCCUGAACUACACCAAACCCAACCACACCCGACAGACAGCGCCCAAAUCCUCGCUCUACGCUUCCUGGUGCAUCAGCGCCUACAACCCCAACCCCCCCGGCACAGCCACCAAACUGGCCCUGGCCCUGCUCAGGUCCAAACAGAAGAGCAGCCGAGAGACUUACAUCAUGUCCACCAUCAACUGGCCCUACUGCGGCAAGCUGGUGUCCUCCAGCGCUUGGAAACAGAGGCUGGCGCAGAUCAAAUGGUACGAGUCGUCGCAGCAGGAAUGUGAAGGCGCUGGGAGAAACUCUUCAGGAAGCUUUGAAAAGGAGCGGGAGAAGAUGGAAACGUGUGGAAAUAAAGAUCUCACUGCCAAGCAACCUGAGCCAACGCGAAUCAAAAUUUUUGACGGAGGGUACAAGUCUACCGAGGACUAUGUGUAUGUGAGAGGACGCGGCAGAGGUAAAUACAUCUGCGAGGAGUGUGGCAUCCGCUGUAAGAAGCCCAGUAUGCUGAAGAAACAUAUCCGAACUCACACCGACCUUCGGCCUUUCAUGUGCAAGUUCUGCAAUUUUGCCUUCAAAACGAAAGGAAACUUGACGAAACAUAUGAAAUCCAAGGCGCACACCAAGAAAUGCCUGGAACUGGGAAUCGCUUUGACGUGUACGGAUAGCACAGAGAUAGAAGAAGCAGGAAUGGCGGAUGACACCAACAAAGAAGCCUUGGCUGAGCUUCCGGUACUGUAG